AUGCAAGACGUCAAGCAGGAAGCAAUGGACACCGCUGACGACGCGGGCAAUACGACACAGCCGGCCGAACACGUCACGCAAGACCUUCAAAACCUUCAAUCGCCCAACGGCGCCACGGCCUCUGAACCUCAAAAGCCACAGUCUGAAUGGGAUCUUUCGCUCGCGUCGUUGCGUGCUGAGCCUGUUGAUCCUGAAGGUUGGAAUAAAUUAGUCCGAUUAGCUGAAGAUUCGGGGGAUAUCACCCGUAUCAAGGAGGCGUACGAUGGGCUCCUUGCAGUCUAUCCCAAUAGCGUCACGGCGCAAAUCGCCUACGUCAACCAUUUUAUCAACCCCGGUCAGUAUCAAUUCGCCGAAGAGCUAUUCAAGCGCUUCCUCUUGGUUAGCCCGCACAUCGAUUUGUGGCGGGUGUACUUGUCAUAUGUUCGCAGCCGUAUCAACUCUAGUCCACAAGCUCGCGAGAACGUUCGGAAGGCUUUCGAGUUCGCUCUCAAUCAUAUUGGUCACGACAAAGAGGCGGGCGACAUCUGGGUCGACUACAUCCGGUUCAUCCAACAAGGCGAGACACCGACAACACGCGAUGAGCAGACCAAAAUGGACCAACUACGCAAAGUCUACCAGCGUGCCGUGCAAAUCCCGCUCGACAACGUAGAGCAACUGUGGCAGGAGUACGAGCGCUUCGAGAACGGGCUCAAUCAUGUUCUUGCGAAGAAGUUUAUGGCAGAAUUCUCGCCUGCCCACGUACAAGCCCGCUCUGUCCUACGCCAACUACAGAAACACAUCGGUGCCAUCUACCCCAAGACCUCGUCACCGUCAUUACCGAUAUGGCUCCCGCACCGGCCCAAGUUUGAUGCUGCAGACCGCGCGCUCGUUGGCGCGUGGAAGGGAUACCUACGUUGGGAAGAAUCUAAUCCUCUCGAGCUCGAGGAUAAGGAUAAGGCGGUGCUUGCAUCACGCAUUCGCGGCGUCUACCGCAAGGCGCUUGUACGAAUGCGCUACUUUUCCGAGAUCUGGUACAUGGCAUACGUUUGGACCGCCGCCUCAAGCACGCAAGCGCAAGCCCUGAAGCUACUGAAAGACGGCAUCGCAGCGAACCCGACCAGUUUCGUUCUCAACUUCGCCUACGCCGAGGCGCUAGAACUGGAAGGCGCGGGAAGCUUUCCCGCCGUUCAUGAGCUUUACACUACGUUCCUUGCGACGCUGCGCAAGGAUCUUGAGCAGCGCGAAGAGGCGCUUAUCAACGCGAGCGCCGAUCUCAGCGGCAGUCAAGACACCAGCGGCAUACCGGACGCCAGUCAGGCGAGCCUGCAGAUGCCGAAUGGCUUCAACGCUCAUGUCGCAGACGAGAAGAACCCGCUCCGGAAAGACUUCAACGAGCGUCGGCGCGAGUAUGGCGUCGUCUGGAUCAUGUAUAUGCGUUUUGCGCGCCGCGCUGAAGGCACGAAGGCUGGUCGUGACGCAUUCGCGAAGGCGCGGGUGGAUAAGCUCGUACCAUGGCAGGUCUGGGAGGCCGCUGCCCAUACCGAAUACCACUCGGGACGCGAUGCCAACAUUGCCACACGUAUCUUCCAGAAAGGUCAGGAAAUGUUCCGCAACGAGGCGGAGUUCGUUGUGCGAUAUCUGAGCUUCCUACUCUCUAUUAACGAUGAGAAGAAUGCCGGCGCAUUGUUCUCCGAAGUCAGCAAGACUUUCCCACCGGACCAGGCCCGACCGAUCUGGGAACGCUGGGCACGUCACCAGUAUCAGUACGGUGAUCUUGCCACUGCGCUCGCCAUUGAGAAGAACAUGGCCGAGGUGUACCCGAAGGAUUACCCGAUCAAGCGCUUCGCACAACGCCACAUCUACGACGGAAGCGACGCCAUCGCCGCCCGCGACCUCGGCUUCGCCUACGCACGCCAACAAACCCAGCCGCAGAAUCAGAACCAAAACCAAAAUCAUUCGCAGUCCCAAUCCCAAUCGCAGGGCCAUUCACAGAAUCGCGAGAUUGGGCGUCAAGAGACGAAUCAAUCCUUGAAACGCGGCGCGUCUCCUGAGCGCGACAACGGCUAUAAACGCCGCGAUCGCGAUGAACCUGGCUACAAACGCGGACGUGGCGCUUCGCCCGCCAGUCGUGAUGGGCGCCGACGCUACGACUCGCCUCAUGGAAGUAAUGCUGCUGUUGCUGGAUCUGCUGCUGGAUGGAACGACCGCGACGGCGGUCCUGGUCCUAAUCGUGGCAACAAGUGGGGAGCACCUCCGCCUGCGCCGGUGCAGAAUCCCGAGGAUCGUGUGCAAGUCCCAAACGUGCUCAGUUGGUUCGUGGGCGCACUGCCGCCUGCAUCUUCGUUUGAUGGCCCGGUCUUCCGCACGGAUGACUUGAUGCAAGUAUUCCGCAACGCCGUCAUCCCAAGCGCGACUGGUCCACCCCGCAUUCGCUCGCCUCCGCCUCCUCCACGUGGUCAGUCGGGUGGUGGGCGGCCGCCUCCGGACUAUGGACCCUACCAAGGUCCGGGUGGCGGUAGACGAGGCGGAAGAUAUUAG